GCAGGGCAUUGUGGGACAGGGGCGGAGCCGGACUUGACACUUCGCUCCCAGCUGAGCGCAGAGCAGGACGGUGCAUGGGGGUGCGGGGCUCUUAAAGGGCCAGCGCCGUGAAGCGGGGGGGGGCAGUCCCGUGGCACCCCCAUGCCGUGGUCCACGAGCCGGGUGGCCGGCCGGCUGGCCCGGGGGGUGACGGCCAGGAGGGCGGCCGUGGCCCUGACGGUGGCGGCCCUGGGCGCCCGGAAACUGUACCCGCUGCUGCGCCGGGCCACCGCGGGCUCUCGGCCCGUGGCCCCGGGGCCCGUGGGCGCCUCGACCGGCACGGAGCCCGGGGCCACCGACGCCGCGCCCGGCGUCAACCGGGCUUUCCUGCGACGGCUGGUGCGCCUGCUGCGGCUCCUGUUCCCCGGCCCGCUGUGCCCGGAGACGGGGCUGCUGGCCCUGCACUCGGCCGCCCUGGCCAGCCGCACCUUCCUCUCGGUCUACGUGGCCCGGCUGGACGGGCGCCUGGCCCGCUCCAUCGUCCGCAAGAGCCCCCGGCGCUUCGCCUGGCUGCUGCUCCAGUGGCUGGUCAUCGCCGUGCCCGCAACCUUCGUCAACAGCGCCAUCCGCUACCUGGAGGGCCGGCUGGGCCUGGCCUUCCGCGGCCGCCUGGUGGCCCACGCCUACGGGCUCUACUUCCGCGCCCAGACCUACUACCGCGUCAGCACCAUGGACGGGCGCCUGCGGGCGCCGGACCAGUCGCUCACCGAGGACCUGGUGGCCUUCGCCGGCUCCGUGGCCCACCUCUACUCCAACCUGACCAAGCCGGUGCUGGACGUGGCCGUCACCUCCUACGCCCUGCUGGGGGCGGCCCGGGCCAAGGGGGCCGGCACGGCCUGGCCCUCGGCCAUCGCCGGCCUGGUGGUCGGCCUGACGGCCAAGGUGCUGCGGGGCUGCUCGCCCCGCUUCGGGGAGCUGGUGGCCGAGGAGGCCCGGCGCAAGGGGGAUCUGCGCUACAUGCACGCCCGGGUGGUGGCCAACGCCGAGGAGAUCGCCUUCUACGGAGGGCACCAGGCGGAGCUGGCCCUGCUGCAGCGGUGCUACGGGGCACUGGCCGCCCACCUGGACCUGGUGCUGCUGCAGCGUCUCUGGUACGUGAUGCUGGAGCAAUUCCUCAUGAAGUACGUGUGGAGCGCGGCCGGGCUGGUCAUGGUGGCCGUGCCCAUUGUCACGGCCACCGGCUACUCGGAGAGCGACUCGGAGCAGGUGAAGCGGGCGGCGCUGGACAUGAAGGAGGAGGAGCUGAUCGGCGAGAGGACCGAGGCCUUUACCACGGCCAGGAACCUGCUCACCGCGGCUGCCGACGCCGCCGAAAGAGUCAUGGCCGCCUACAAGGAGGUGAGGGGGUGCCCGGACGCCUGGCCCGCGGGGGCGGGGCCAGGCUGGGAGGCCGUCAGCGAUUGGAAGGACGUCCUGUCGGGGGGUGAGAAGCAGCGAAUGGGGAUGGCCCGGAUGUUCUAUCACAGGCCGCAGUACGCCCUGCUGGACGAGUGCACCAGCGCCGUGAGCAUCGAUGUAGAGGGGCGCAUCUUCCAAGCCGCAAAGGAUGCUGGGAUCUCGCUGCUCUCCAUCACCCACCGGCCCUCACUAUGGAAGUACCACACCCACGUGCUGCAGUUCGACGGGGAGGGCGGCUGGAAGCUGGAGCGUCUGGACGCGGCCGCCCGGCUCUCGCUGACCGAGGAGAAGCAGCGGCUGGAGACGCAGCUGGCCGGGGUCCCCCGGGUUCAGCAGCGCCUGGCCGAGCUCUGCCAGAUCCUGGGGGACGACGCCCCCCCGGCCCGGCCGGGCCCCCACAGCUCGGCCUGAAAUGCUGGGGCAGCCCCCAGCCCGGCCAGCGCCUCCUGUCGCCCCAAUACGGUGUGUGCGGGGGGCGUUAAGCCUCCCCUGGGAGUUGGGGUGACCCUGGCUGCCCCCCAUCUCCCAGUGAUUGAAGGAUGGGGCCCCUCCCCCCCAGCUCCCCAGUUGCCCCCCAUCACUGAGCAUUUCAGGGGUCUUCUGCAGCACCCCACAUUUUAGUGCACUUAAUGCCUCUUCCCCCUGCGAUAGGGGGCGGCCUGUACUGUGAAAUGGGGGUUCUCACCCCCCCAGCACCUCAGUCCCUCACGGCGCCCCAGAGAAUCCACUGCCCCAGUGGGGCCACUGCCAAGAGCCCCCCAGGCCUCUCUCCGGCUUCACCCUGGACCCCUCGACAGUGCGGGGUGCACAAGGGCAGUGGGACAUGCUCAUGGCCCCCCAGCAUUUUCAGGGGGGAGCUUGUUGAUCCCAGAGCCCCAGGACCCCCCGGCCGCACAGCCUGGAGAAUGUAGCCACCGGGGGGGGGGGGGUGAGGAGGAACCGGGCGUCACUUCGAUUCCCCUGCGUGUGGCAGACACAGGUCCACUGUGACUUAAUCUGGUUUGAGAACCAGUUUAAAUCGCUGUGUGGAUGCUCUGAAUUUGCUCUAAGAAGGAGUUAAACCGGUUUAAAGCCCCGUGUGGAUGUGCUGAAUUCACUCAAACAACUGGUCUGGUCAAACUGGUUUAAAUCCCCAUCUGGACGCUCUUAAUUCAGUUUAACCUUAAUUCAGGUUCUUAAACGGAGGUAAAGUGAAAUCAGUUGAAAUCCGCAGCUGGGUGCACACUGUGAAUUUGGUUUAAGAACCAGAUCAGUCCCCCCCCCCCCCGUGCCUUAUGAGCCGACAGAGCCAGUAAAAGAAACCAAGAGAGA